AUUCUGUUGUCAAAUAAAGAUGGCGGCGGUGUUGUCAUCAACUCUGAUGCCGAUGCUAUUAAUAUUAUUAUGUUUAUCAAGAUUUAAACUAGGAUUUGCCAAACCUGAACAAGGGGUUUGGGAUUUUACUGCGAAAAAGGUAAAGCUAGACUAGCCUAGAAUAUUCUUAGACUUAACUCUGUAGUCAAGCUAAGUUAAAGUAGGCCUGCUUUAUUUAAACGAAGUGGAUGCGUACACCGCGGCGGUGUACCUAGCGAAACCAUCGGCUUUGGCCUGCGUAAACCGCGGCGGUGUACCUAGUGAAAUCGUGGGCUUUGGCCUGGGUACACCGCGGCAAAAAAUUUACCAUUGGCCUGGUUUUAAGAUAUACUUGUUGGAGAGGAUCUUGUGUGGUCAAGUGGUAGAGUGGACGCUUGGCGAUAAUAUAGUUUGAGAUCAAUUCUCAGUAGGGGAUCGAGUUUUUUUCCUCCCAUUUUAGUUUUAAAAUAUUUUGUAGCAAUUGAAACAAUUUAAAUAUAUGUUUAAAUAUUAUAUUAAAUACACUUUAUAUAUUUAUUUAUAUAUAUAAGUGUUUCAACAAGUUGUGCCGGCCUUUGACUUUGAAAAUACCGGUAACUUUAGUAAUAAGACUUUAGACAUUUGAAAACAAACUUAAAGUUUCUGAAAGCGCAUGUAAUACAUGAUGAUCAUGUAUAACAGAAACAUUAUGAAUACUAAGUGACUGAUAUUCUAUUGUAUUUCAACAUUCUUCGUAUAGUUGAAUAUUUACAUUUUACUUUUACGAACAACCAAAGAAAAUACCAGUAUGAAUAAUAUUCAUGCAUAUGAAUAUUAAUGUGCAUGGUCGUAUUUCAACCUUGAACCAUCUUGCUUUCACUAUGCCUUAUGCAUUGGCAAAAUGUACAUACGAUAUCAAAGGUUCAUUCACAACACUCAGUCUCACAGCAAAUCUUUUGAAAACACCUCGAUUUUAGAAACUUGCGGAGCGGUAGCAAACUGUAUAGCAAAGCCAUAGGUCUGCGUUUACCCUUUUCAUGACGUAAUUUGUUUCCAGAAUGGCAUGGCAUGUGCUAUUCUCAGGGUAAAACACGACGUUUUCUCACAGAAACCAUUGCACAAUGCGCCUGGGACAGGAUUUGCACUAUGUCAAAGUUUUUGUAUUUGUUGUUUUUUUUUUUUUUUAAGAAAUCGAUCCUUGCCGGGGAGUGGGGGGUGGUGGUGAGUUAUGGGCAGAGGCUUAACCAAAAAGAGGGCAUUCACAAAUCACGGCUCAGGAUAGGGGUUGUCCACAAAGGACGUCCGCACAACCAACUUACCUUUUGCAUCCCCCCUCCCUCUGCCUGCAUUUUUUUUACUAAUGUGUAAUGCCAAUGUAAAACUAAAUCAAUGAUUUUUAAUUAUUGUUAAAAGACUUUCAAAUAACUGCAGUGUUUCGUAUUGAUCAUCUUACUGCUGUUUUGUGUUGACACAUGCUUGGUGUCACAAUGACAAUGCCUCGGACUACUUUAACUUCACGACUUCAUGAUCAAUGUAUGAGUAUGUGAUUCUCUUCCCGUAGUGUAUUUGUGGCGUAAUUAUAUCAUGGUGCUAACAAAAUAGAUACACUGUCUUCCCAUUCAUUUUUACACCAUGCCCCGAGGGAUCACAUACAAUGUUAUAUUUAUAAGGCACCCCCCCAAAAAAAAAAAAAAAAAACAAACCCAAAACAAAACAACUAACAACUGGGUGGGGGUGGGCAUGAGAGAAUAAUUUCAAAUUAAGAUUCACAAUCAUAUGAUAAAACUUACAAUUAAUAAAUAUAUUUGUAUUUCAAGAUAUUGGGGGAGGGGGGAAUAAAGUGGUUAACUUUAAAAAUAAAUCAUGGUUUAACAUUACCCCCCCCCCAGCCCCUUCCCUUCCAAAAAUAAUAAGAAAUGCUUUACAUGCACUUUGCCACAUACGCGUGGACCUUACUCAAUAUCUUCCCAAGGUAAUAAACGAAUUUUUAAUAGUUUUCAGUUUUAACACGAGUAUAACAUUAAAUCUACAAGUACCGGUUAGGCCAAAAAGUUAAAGACUCGCAAAGACCAUAGUUUGGCUACUGUAAAUCGCUGCGGUGUACGCAGGCCACAGACCAUGAUUUAGCUAGGUACACCGCCGCGGUGUACGCAGGCCAAAGUCAAUAGUUUCGUUAGGUACACCGCCGCGGUGUACGUAGUGCCGGCCUUAUUUAAACUACACUUUCUUAUUCUUAGUUUUAACUUGUUUUAAUUUAUAUUAUAUUUUUUAAAAUAAUCUAUCUUAAUUAUUCUUAAUAUGUGGCCUGUGGCAGUGAGCCACCUAUGGGUAAGAAGCACGCUCCUGUGUUAUUGUUUACCCCAUUGCCCAUGCAUUUCACACCUACUGAACAGGGGCAUUCCUGCCCAACAGGUGACCAACGAACAACUCAUGACACUGUCACUGAGUCACUGAGUUUCUGGUGUUUGAAUAAUGUGAUUUAACCUAUGUAGGUAGUUCGGUAAGAUCCGGGAAGUGCCGAAAACCGGGUAUCAUGAUUUCGUUGUCAAAAUGGCGACCUCCACUUUUGAAUUUACAGAGAGUCACGUUGUUUCAACUUUUUAACUAUAUAUAGCCCAGCAUGUUAAUUUUAUUUCUGCCCACAACUUAGAGUAGACAUGUUGUGUUAUGAUUAGACACUUGAGUCCCCAAAAAAUUUUGGGGCUUCACUUUGAAAAUUGAAGGUAAAAUAACGCAAUUUUUUCUCAUUCAUAUUUUUUUUGUGGAAAGGAUCCUUUCUUUGAAUUUCAGUGACUUUAUAAAUAAUGGCAUUAACUACAACAUAUCCAAGAAAUGUCAAUUUAGGCCCAACCGGAUGGUCAGAAAGUUACUCGGAAAUUGUGUCCCAAAAUUACCUAUUAUCGUUAAUAUUUGUUGCUAUAGUAAAUAACCUGAUUUAUUCUGGAAAUCCAGCCUAUUACCUCCUAAUAACUCAUUUAAAAAUAAAAAUAAAAUAAUUAAUAAAACAAAUACAUAUUUUUAAUAUGAUUUUGUGCUUUUAUUGAGGGAUAUUAGGUUAAAAAAGCUUAAUUAAUUACAAUUAAUAGUUAACUAUUAGUUUUAUAUACUGUUAUAUGUAUACUAUAUAUAUGUCAAUGUAUAUAUUAUAUAUAUAUAUAUAAAUCUAUAUAUACAUAUAUAAUAUAUAUUUAUGUAUGUAUAUAUAGAGGCCUAGAAUAGUAUUCCUAUUAUAAGUGUAUGCCUAUCCCCCUACCCCCAAAAAAAAAUAUUUGUAGGACCCAUUAUUCAUAUGUAAUGAUUUAUAUGGUGAUUCUGGCAUAAAUUAAGUAAAAAUGUACAAAAAAUAUUCACUUACCUUUGGUUUUGAAAUAUCCUAUAUUUAAUCACAUAUCACACUAUUCCAAAAGAGAAUUAUUAUAUAAUCCUCAGUAUUCUCAAAGAAAAAACACACUUUCUGCCACAAUAAUCCAAGAAUUACAUGAGAUAUUACUAAAAUUUAAUAAUAAAACAUUGUAAUUACCUCAAGCAAAUAACUAGAACUUAUUUAAAAUUCUAUCAACAGCCAAAGUUGAUUCUAACAAUAAAUGUUGAUCUGUGAAACAACUUUACUAACUUAAAAUAAAUGAAUUACUAUUUUUUGUCAUAUUCACACAUUCAUAUGGUAUGGGACUAAAAUACAUUAUAUAGAAAAUGGUAAAAUAAAAAGUAUAACAGUCAAUUUUAAUUUAUUGAAACAAAGAAUCUCUUUAUUAUUAGUAUAUAACUUAUAAAUUUUAAACAAUUCCACAGAAAAUUUGAAAUUAAUAUCUUACGAAUGUUUUAUUAUUAUUAUGAUUUUUGGGAAAUUGAAAAAAAAUAUUUAUACAUAAUUAAUUAAUUACAAAUAAGUGACGAGUCUGCAUAUUUUAUAUUUUUUAAUAGGAAAAUAAUAAAGAUUUUUUAAAUAAUUUUUGUGCGGAAUAUUAACAAAAACUAACUUAUAUUUUGUGGUUUUAUUUAGAAGUACUCUAAUUAAAAUAUGUUCCCUGUAAAUAUUAUAUUUUUGUGUCAUUUUAUAAUAAAGUUAUAGGCCUUAAAAAAAAAAUCAAAAUGAGGGUCACGAAAUGUGGAGGAAAAUCCCAUAUUAAAAAAGUACCUUUGAGGUCCCUACUAAAAAAUUCAUAACUUUUGAACCACUUGAGCUCGAAAUUUGAUCUUGGUGUUUUUGUAAUCUAUUCUCCAGGCUCUAUACAGCUGUAGUAUUUUUAUAUUUUUAAAAAUGUUUUGAAAUUUUAAUCAAAGUGCCUAACCCAUGGGUGUAUGAACUAAUACUUGGAGUCGGCUGCAUGUGUGAGAGAUUUGACUGUCUGUUCAAAGUCUUUUACCACAAAAAUAAACGCUUUACUUCAGUUUUCAAACCUGCAUUUCUUUGUUAAUAUAUUUAGGCACCUCGAUACCCACUCGCGCGCGCGGUCUGUGCAUAUAAAAAAUUUUGAAAAAACUUGUUCUACAAUAUGGUGUACGGCUACACUGUAUCUUUGGAAAAUUGCAUACUACGUCACCUUUGUUUAUUAAAUAAUUGGUUUCCUCUCAGUGACGUUCAGUUUUUGUGUUCAGCUAAUUCUAGGAAAUUUGCGCAACGUUUUAUUUUCUGUGUCAUGGAUAGGAUUAUCAUAAGGAUUCGGUAAACAUAUGUAAUAAUAUACUCCUUUGUUUGUAAAAAAAAUCAAAUGGGAUCUUGAUAAAAUGAAACUACGUUUAAUUUUAUAAAAUUAAUAAAACAGAGUAGGGUUAAACCUGAAAAAAGGAACGCAACAAAACAACGAACAUGUCGGCAGAAAGCCUUCAUCAGCGAACAAAACAACAGAAAAAACGUUAUAAAAAUAAGAAAUAGCACUUAGCUUAGAAGUAGUAUCCGUGGGCCGCACAUUUCUUUUGUUUAAGUUUUAUAGACAUUUUUAUAAGUUUGUGCAUUCAAUUUUACAUUAAAAAAAAAAGACUUCUAUUUACCUUUAACAAAUAUAAGAAUUUAUUUUAACUAUAACUGAAUCAUAUAUUUAAUUAAAAUACAAUGAACAUGUUAUUUUCAGUUUUUUGCCUUUACAAAUAAUAAUUUUUCAGAUUUUUCUGUAAAUGAUUUUUUAACAUAACUGCAUAUAAAAAGUCUUGAAGUAAUGUAAAGUUUUGUUGUUCUUUGUGUUGUAUAUUAGAUUGGGAAUGUCUCCUGAAAAUUAGGUGCUAUUAUCUUUAAAAAUAAAAAUGUUGUGGGCAAAAUAGUGCAGAAAUUUGAAAUUUAAAAAUUAGACCAAAAAAAUCAUAACUCCUCUUCUAUAAGAGAUAUAAAGAUGAAAUUGGCGUUUUUAUAAAGCUUAUAGCUAGCUCUUUAAAAUGACAUUUCUUUCAUGGCAAUCAGACAAUAUUUAAAAUUAGUGUCAAAGUACCUAAAAUAUUAAAACUAUCAGCCACCCCACGAGGACUACUCGGGUACAAAUAUAAAAAGGCCAAGGCCAUUCUAAAUUAUUAUUCAUUCUUUGGACUUUGGAGGUUAAUUCCAAGAUUUAAUUAUAGUUAUAUCUCUACUUUUUUAAUUUUAUGGCAUAGGGCAUAAGUUAAUAUUACUAACUGAACUAAAAUUAUAAGCACUACUUGACUUACAUAUAUUAGGCCUAAUAUAAUAUAAUAUAUAUAUAUAUAUAUAUAUAUAUAUAAUAAUGCUAUUAAUGGACAAUGUACGUUACAUGUCAAGUUUUGCACCGGAAUGAGUAAGUUCCCGUUUGUUUAUUCUAGGAUUGUUACUAAAGCUACUACAGUUAAUUUUUAUUAUUUUAAUUCUAUCAUUGGGUAGUAUCAAUUUAUAUAAAUUAAAGCUAAAUUUUAUAGCACAAGUGUGUAAGUAUGUACACUGUAAGUUGAGGGAAGGGAGUGGCUGCAGGUGGUUGACAUUUCUUACCACAUAUCUAAAGGGAUACAAUAAAGUUACUACGUUCGCCACAAAAUGGUGGAACCUGGAGUAAUGUGUGUAAAAGUGUAUUCUAUGAAACUGUAAAUGUGGUUUUCAUUAUUUUAAAGUGUUUUAGUUGAGGGAAGUAGUCGACCACACUCAUUGACACUGUAUGGUCUUGCUGUAUGGUAGAUUAGGACCUCAAUGAUCUACUAUAACAAUAACAUUCAGCCCAUUCAAUGUACCUGGAGAAAAUGAUAAAAAUCUCCUAUGACCCGCACUUCAGCCGACCAACUAACUUUUCCAAUUGAAUCAUUCCAACCCCCCCCCCCCCCCCCCCCCUUCAAUCACCCAAUAAUAAUAAUUUCAGUUUUAGAAAAAGUUUACACAGGAGUAUUUUUCAUACCAUUUUGAUGAACUUGACACCAAAACCUCGUUGGUCAUAAGUGAUUUUAAUCUCACACUUUACAACUAAUAAUACGCAUAAAAAUAAUAUCAUUUUCCAACUCGAUCUGAAUGUCUUAAUUUAUAAACUUAAAGUAUAUUUUCAAUAUUUUGUGCUUAGUACCUGGUUUCAAAACCAAUCUAUGCUAGUAGCACUUAAUAUAUAGUCUAAUAUUAUGCUGGAAAUAUAGUAUUAUUUAGAAACAGAAAAAGACAAGUAAAAAUUUAAAAGGAACUUUGCCCAUAGACACUCAGAAUGUUAUUUCAAAAAUUUUCCCACAUCGUAUGCUUUGUAUUACAUUGUUUCAACUUGAUUGUAGUCUUCCUAACAACCACAUUAUACUCCUUUAUAACUGCAAAUAGCCCUUUUUGUAAUUAUUACAUACCGUUAUAAGAUUUAACUAAUUUAAUUUGUAGUUUUAAAAUUUGGCUCAUUAGAUGAAAAAUUCACUCAAUUCAUAGCAAAGGACUGCAAAUCAGUAUACAAAGAAAAUCGAUACCAAAGCUAGUGAUAUUAAAAAUAUAAAUAUUCAAUUUAAGUAAAUUAUUAAGUUUAUAUAAAAAUUCAAAAUGAAAUAUACAGAAAUAAAAACUAUAUUAACUUACAGCUGUGAAAAAGUAUAAUACUAGAAAGGUACAAAUAUUAAUUCACACACACACAGUAAAAAAUCUAAUAAGUCUUGUUGGGCUUCUGUAAGUCUUCUAAAUAAGUCUGCCAGUCGGCUGUCAUAUUUAAAGAGAGGGAGUCAGAACCGCCCAGAACAGAUAUUCUAGAAAUUGGAUUACCAGAGAGUAUUUCACUCUCUAUGUAGUAUAAUGUAAACCCUUCUGGAAAUGUAAACAAACUUUCCCAAUCAAGGUCGGUGGGGGGAAAGGAGUGGCAGAAUUCAUUGGUGACGUCAAAAAUGAAGGAUGAGGUAAAGUUGCAUGCCACGGCUCACGAUGAACAAAAAUUAGGUCAACACACAGGCUAUAACAGUGAUCCAUUUUCAAGCCCGAUAUGUCCAAACUCAUCAAAAUAGAAAGCUCAGAUUCUGUUCAAUAAGUGUGUAAAUAGCUUUUUGAGUACCUGAUUAGCAGCAUUGUCAUCAGCUGGACUUUGGAUUUACUAAAUGAUCAAAGUUUACGAUAUAUCAUGAUUUUAAAUGGAGCAUUUGUCAUUAAUAAUAAUAUUAUAAGAUAUAUUUUUGUUUCAAAAAGAUCAAAACCAUUGGCAUAUUUGUUCCAUUUAAAACAAAAUGAAAAAUGUCACUAGACUGAUUACAGAUCACUUGAAAGGCAGUUCCUUAACCUGCUAAGAAAUUAAAUCCUAAUUGCUAUUAUUAUUCAAAACUUAUAGACAAGACAGGUUUUUAUACAGUGUUUAUCUUCUGGUCAUUUGGUUGCCAUAUCAGUCUUGACUGUUAGCCAUCAUUAAACUCAUUUUUUUGUGUCUGCUUGGUGGCCUGUAGGUUAAAAUUAAUUUUUAAAUAAGAUUUCAUAUCAUUGAAAUAAUUGCAGUAACAAAAAUAGCUUAAUACAUUUUAAGGGGAUGUAUCAGGGAAUUUAUUUUAUUUGAAUAUUGUACAAUAAUGUAUUUUUAAAAUAAUUUAAUCAACAAACAACAUAAAAUGGAAAAGUAAGUUGAAAAAAACCCACACAUUUAUAAUAGAAAUUAAUAUUUUAUUUUUAUUCAUAAAAGCAAAGACAUUACAUUAACACAAAAUUUGAAGUUUACAAAUUAACCUUGUACUACUUCGAAUAAUUGAGGUGGCACUAAUUCAUUGGAUGAUUUUUUUAAAAACAAUAUUUUGAUAAUUUCAACAAUGAAUAAUUUGGGUUCUGAUAUCACUCAUGUUUAUCAUGCACAAAAUUUUACCAGUGGCAAAAUAUAUAAAUUUCUCCCUAAAUUGUACGACUGGUCUCGCCUAUCUUUCUUGCUGAAAUUUUGUGUCUGGUGCUUUCAAUAUAUUGAUUGUAUAGUACAAAAUAUCAUCACUAAACAGCAACUCCAGCAUUUAUAAUGGAUUCAUGCCAUUUUGUAAGGCAUAUAAUCCUGAGAGUUUUUUAAUUAAAUUGCUACCUCUCAAACGUAAUCUGUUUGAAAGUUGAUUCUUAUUCCAUUUUUUUUCUCUGUCUCUGCCAAUAAAAAGUACCAUUGCCAAUAAUAUCUACAUCAUCAAUAUCACCCUUGUAUUCUUCUGACUGGGAAUCUUUCUGACAAAUUUCAACUGCAUCUUGACUCUCUGUGUCAACCUCCUCAACUUCAAAAUCCUUUUUUCUUCAUCUUCAAAAAAAAUCUUUUAAUUAACUCUAUAUCCUUGAGAUUCAUAAGAUUAUUUUCCUACCAUCUUACCACCAUCCAUGUUAGAUGGUGGAAGUAACGUAAAAUAUUAUAAGGAUCAGUAGCCUAUAAAUAUCUCGUUUUGGCGCAAUGUAUCAAUUUGAUAUAUACUAUUUAAAAAACACACUGAAAUUAUUUUAAAAUAAGACAAUGUAUCAGUAUUUACACAAAUAUGAAAAAAAUAAUUUACCAAAGCAAGAAAAUAAUACAAUUAUCAAACUUCAAAAAAGUAGCGUUGCAAUGGCGGGGUGUAUCAAUUUGAACAAAACAGCCAAAAUCUGCAAUCUGAAAGCAUUUUCUGUACACUGCACAGUCUUGGCUGAUAAAGGAAAAGAAAACAUUAAGCUUACUGAUAAGCAUAGCUCACUGUCAUCUCUUAUUCACAUGUGCAAAACAAAAGCAGUUGGCUUUUUUCACUCUGAUCAGACGCGCCUGACAAAAGGUUAAUAAGCUUUCUUCUUUUCAUUUCAGGAUAAUACUCUCUUCUCAGCAACCAAGAGCAUGUUUAAGAACAGUCAGCUUUCUAUCUCAAGUAAUGAAACAUAUUUAAAGAUUAAAAAGAAAAUUUAACUUUUUGCCUGUUACUGUUAUUGAUUCCAAAUAUAAAAUUCUCAAGAUGAGCGUUCAGUCUGUCUGAAAUUUAAAAGGAGAAGUAUACAUUCCUGAAUAUUUAACUCUUCUUUAAAUUAAAUAUACUUAUAAUAAUCCAAAUUAUUAGAAUUUGAAUUUCUUUCUUAAUUUUCAUAAUUUUUUUACCAUGGUAUGUAUUCAUACAUUUUAACAAGAUCUUUAUUUGAUUCAUGAUCAAUAGCUGAGUUGAAGAGCCUCAUUAAUUGUAUUCAACAUAUUAUGAAAAAAGUAAAGUGUUAGCCAUGUUCAGAUAUAAUUUUUUUAUUAUAUUCAGUUCUGUGUGAAAGCUCAAGUGAUGUCUCAUUUAAUGUAACUUGGAUAUUCAGAAGAUCACCAUGUGCCAAUGAGUACACAGAUCUUAAUGAGGUAUUCAAGUGAAGAAUUAUAUUUUUUCAAAGGGAUUGAUUAAAAAUAUCUUAGAGCCUUUUAUUCUACAUAUUUUUUGUUUAAAUAAUCUAUUAAAAAUCGUUAAAGUUUUUUGUUUUGUUUUAAAACAAAUGUAUUUUAUGUCUUUUAUUACAGACUGUUGCUGAAUACUAUCUGCAAAGGCCAUUUGUACAGUCUUUAAAUUUUCUAAAGACGGAAUACCUAAAUGGCUCAGGUACAUACACCUGUUCAAAGAAUAAGCAGUUUACACUUCAUGUAAGUUUAAGUGAAUGAAAUAUGAUUUUCAUAUAUUGGUCCAUAGUUAAUUUAUUUUAUAUGUGUAUUAAUAAAAACUCUCUUAACCCUGAUUGUUACAGUGUUGGCUGUUAUUCAAAAAAGGCUACUUCUUCUAUUAUAACAUUAUCAGGCCAAAGUCUACAUAGAACUGUUUAAGGAAACACACAUUUUAUUCUAAAUUAAUAUCCCCUAGUUAAGCUUCUUCUUUGUUGCAGUCUAUCAUCCAUUCAUUGCUAACAUUCAUCAGAACCUGAGGUUUCUCUGCUCCCAUAGUUUUUUAAAAUCUUGUAGCAGUUGGAUUUAAUAACAUACACGAGAAAUAACCAGUCAAACAAUUGUGGCGGCAAUGCCUGAAUUUCCCAUUUACUCUAGCUACUUGAAAAAAAACACAUUCAAUUACCAUACUUUUUAAGAUUCACAAUUAGUGUUAUCUUCUGAGAAUUUUAUUUUCCAUGCAUAUGGAACACAGCAUUACAGCCAUACAAACGUAUCAAGAGAAUUAUUAUUUUUGCUUUUUAUUCCAGCUCCAAUUCAUUUUUAGUGGCUAUUGUAAAAUAAUUUAUUCUGAAUUAUUACUGUUACAUAUUAAAAUAUUUAUGCCUUUGUCUUGACCUGUUUCAGAUCAAGCCUUAUGGUAUAAACAUUUUUAAAUAGUCUGAGAUGUAAAUUAACCAAGGGUUCUUAAAUCUUAGCACUUACUGAACUUAGCCAGAGUGUAGAGUAAAACAAACACAUUUUUCAAAUCUGACUAACUUCACAGACUUUUUGAGUCUUUACCGUUAUUUUUAAGAGAUUAUAUUAACCCUUUCCAUGGCAACAUAUUGUAUACCCUGUCCGUCACAACUGGGUGUGGCGCACCUGUACACUUAUUAUAAAGGGUUUCUGGCGAUUCCUGGCAACUGGGUGGGUUACACCCAUAGUUUUUUAUCAUGGAAAAUGGUUAUCUUUAUGUUAUUUUCUUUUUUACAAUGUGGCAUGAUUUAGUUGCCUUGUAAUCAAACUCCCUUCACAUAUCUCAUUGUUUCUCCCACUGAACCUUUUGUUCUGUACAUUAAUGAAAAAUGAGACAAACAAUAGCUGACUGCACCAACAGGGAAAGCUAGAAAGUAAAAGAAAACAAAUGGCAAGGGCCUGAUGUGACCUAAAUGAAAGCUUUUUUGGGCUGCCUACUACACACUCUUCACCUCAACAGCAUUUCAGUGGAAUUUUUAUUCAGCCCUGUUGAUGGAAAUCCUCUUAUUAGGGCAGCAUUUUCAAUGAAGAGAUUCAGCAAACUUCUGAUUCAUAUUGGCUUUGACAACAAGGAGACUAGAUCAAUCAUUUCUGACUCGUGACAUCUUUGUUUCCAUAAGAGAUGUAUGAGAAGCAUUCCUGAGUAAUUUGGCAAGGUACUUUUUUCCUGGAGAGAACAUCACAGUAGGUGAUCAACUGGUUGGUUUCAGGGGUCAGUGCAGAUUUAUUCAAUAUAUGUCAAGCGAGCCCGACAAAUAUGGAAUAAAAAUCUUCUGCCUGUGAAUCAUCUUCGAGCUAUCCUCUCAGAGGCUGCCCAUAUCUCAGCACAGAAAAUGUAAGUCCCUUGCCUGCAAAGAGAAAUGUUGGAAUAUCCCCAGAGACUGUGAUUUUUCUCACAACGGACUUCCAUGGAAGUGGCAGCAAUUUCAGAACAGACUAUUAUUUCAUUCCCCUACAACAGCGUUUCCCAAACUUUUAAGUUUGAGGGACCGGUGGACACAUUUUGAAAUUACACCAGGGACCGGUGCCAGAUUUAUUAAUUACAUUUUCUUUUUAUUUGACCAUGAAUAUUCAUGUUGUGCGGGCCGGCAAUGUAAGGGCUCACAGACAGGAGCCGGUCCGCGGACCACCAUUUGAGAAAAACUUGUAGAACCAAUGGCCAAGAAGAGACUUAAUCUAGUUGGAACAGUGAAGUGUAACAAGAUGUUCCUACCCAAGUGGUUAGACCAAAAGAAGGCUCUGCCAAUCAACAAAUCUGUGUUUUUGUUCAGACUAGAAACAACCUUGUCAAAUACCAGAGCUGGAAGCAGAAAAUGUAUUGCUUUUGAACACAAUACACAAUCGUCCAGGUGUGCGUCUUGAGUUAGCUCAAACAGUGCGGUACCUGGGUGUCUACCUAGGGUGUUUUCUGGAGCUGCGCAGGAUUAGUCACAUCAGGCCCUUCCUAACAAUUGAUACAACAAAGAGGCUGAUGUCUGCAUUUGUGCUAUCACGCAUGGACUAUUGCAAUGCUCUCAUGGUGGGUCCUCCAGCUACGCUCCUGGAUAAAAUUCAAAUAGCACAGAAUAAUGCGGCUCGCAUUGUUCUCCGCAAACGCAAAUUCGACCAUGCAAAAACACUUCUGAGAGAGUUGCAUUGGCUGCCGGUGUGUGCUCGCAUAGAGUACAAAAUCGCAACUUUGUGCUACCGCUGCUUACAUAACCUGGCGCCGUCCUAUGUGAAAGAGCUGCUGACGCCUUAUGUACCCACUAAAGAGCUCCGCUCAUCCGAUAGUGGUAAACUCUCGACACCACGUGUUUGCCUUGAGACUUACGGAAAGCGCACUUUCGCAUUUGCUGGUCCAACAAUUUGGAACGCCCUUCCAGUCGAUCUCAGAAACAACCAGACACUGGAGUCCUUUAAAACCGAUCUAAAGACACAUCUAUUUCGCAAAUACUUCUGGGAUGAUUGUCUACCUUAUUUUCCAGUUAAUGCAUAAUGGCUGUGUUGCUCUGGGUUGAAAUGGCUAGAAAGACUUUGAGAUUGUAUGGUUGUAAUUAGUUUUUGUAGUGUUGCGUUUGUUUUAAAUGUGGUUAAUUAUAGAUAUGUUAUUUGUUGACUUUGUACCGUGCUUCGAGCCUUUGGGGAUGAAGCGUGUUUUUGAAAUGAACUUUAUUAUUAUUAUUAUAUAGAAAAUGAAACUGAAUGCAAGAAACCAGAGAUUGUGCCAUAUAACAAAUAAAAAAUCAAAAGAGGCAUAUUCGCCAUGGACACAAGGUGUUCUCUGUGAAAACAAAAAGUAAAAGAUGGCGUUUGGUUGUGUUUAUUUAACAUUGUUGACUUGAAAGCAAGAGUUGCAUUUAAAUAUAAAUAUCCGACUUACUCACUGUCUCAUGAAGACAACAGACAGUCGAUAUUGGCGUUGCAGAUUUCCUCACCCAUUCCCAAGAAGGGUGAUUUGUACCGACGCACCAAGAUAUUGUUGGGCAGAACAUCGACAAUUUGAAAUCAUUACAAACGCUUCAAACAGCUGCCCAAACCACUUCAACUUAGCAAGUUUAUUAGACAUAUUUGCUAAGAAGAUUCUGUUCUUUUAUGUAAAAAAAUUGUGCAAGCUGAGCUGCAAAGCCCCUAUUUCCAUGUGAACGUGCAACUGUUUUGCUUUGAAAUGGUUUGUCAAGUUGGAAACAUGUUAUUAUUGUUGGUAGCCCAGUACCCAAAUCCAUUCAGAAUAUUUAUUUAUUUUCAAAUUUUAAAAUCUAUUUCACGGCAUGGAUUACAGACUCAAAUAAUCAACAAACAACAACCAAUCAAAAAUGUUCACAUGCCAGUUUAGAUGGUUUUUUUCUUCUAUUAAAAUAUGUACGGGUGUGUUAUACCCAGUUGCGAGGGACUGAAUAAAAAAAAAUUAAGCCCCAAAAAAUAAGUCACUUUUGCAUGCUAUACACAAUUGCAUCCACCAAGGUGCUCCAACUACCUUGUGGAUUAGGUCGAGUAUGAGCAAGAUUAUUAAAAGGAGACUCGAGAUAUCAGCAAUCAAAGUCUCUCUCCUGGUGUAUAACACCCAGUUGCGGCGGAAAGGGUUAACCACUUACUCCAUUUUGAUAAAUUAAUUGAGAAGUCUCUUAUAACUUGAACAAAUCAAAAGUCGAUAAAAUCAAGUGUUUAGCCACCAAACCCCAACAAAAAAUUAGCCUGUUUAUAUAAAAGCCCCUUUGUAACUCCUUAAUAAUAAGAGUAACCUUCAUUGGGCAAUGUUGAAAAAAUGGGGUGUUGUUUAUGGCAUGAUCUAAGCCAUAGCAUGAAUGAGGCAUAAAGGUCAGAAAGCCAUAACUGACUGAGGUGUAAGGGCGGGAAAGCUGCUACAUGACUGAAAGGGUUAAUCUGUUUGUAUUAUUAUUUUUUGUUAAAAGCGAUAUCUUUAAUAGAUUUUGGUGUUUAAGGUCACUAUUAUUCUUUGUAGCUUAAAAAAACAAUGAUCCCCAAAUACAAUAAUUUGCCUUAGUCAUAAUUUGGUAGCAGUAUAACUUUCAAUAUAAGCAAGACAACAAAACCCACCGAUUUAUUUAUGAAUAAUUAAUUAAAGUUGGUUUCUUUAUUUGAAUUUAUGUUACCAUUUUUUACAAAAGUUAAAAAUCAAAUGUUUGAUUUCAGCCUGUCAAUGAUACAAAUCCCCAUGAAAAGAUUUAUCCUCCGGUAAGUGCACAUAUGUCAUUGUGUCAAAAGGUUAUUUUUUUGGUACAUUUUGUAGAAUUAGAUGUUUAUUUAAUUGAUGAUAAAAAAAAAUUUUUUUUUAAAAACCAACAGGAGGGGCUUAAAUUAUUUGUAUUGUUAAUUGCUUUUUUAUAGCCAACUACAAAAUCUCCUAAGCCAGCAGACAGUGCACCGAGUUCAGGUGAGGGAAAAAAACCUGAUGCUCCAACCUCUCCAAAAGAGUCUGCUGGUGGUGCCAGGAAGCGCAGGGCAGCUGAUGGGGAACAGAAAGAGAAAAAAGAAGAGUUACAAGGAUCGGCUGAUAAAGAUAAGAAGAAGCCAGCUGAAGGAGCAGAAACUAACAGUGAAGGAACUGAGACCCUCAAACAAGAAAAUCCAGCUGAAGCAACCAAACAAAACGAUAAAGAAACAAAUAUUGCUAAUUCCAAACCUCAUCAGGUUAGUGGGUUUUUUAGAUAUGGGUGUCGUCAGUUGUGUUCACUUUAAACUAAAUCCAGAGCAAUGCUUUCUCAAUAUUACAACAAAAACAUUUACACAUAAAAACAUUUAAAUAUAUUGGAUUUUUUUUAGAUUGAUCAUGAAUCUCAGCAGCUUUUAAAAACCUGGCAAGAUGGUUACUUUCUCCUAGUGAUUCAGUUUUCACCUUCUGACCCAGAAAAAAAAGAAUUGCCAGCAGAUUUUGAACUGCAAGGUUAGUUUGUGUUGACAUAAAGGCCAUGUUCAAUAUUUACAUAAUUUAACAAGGAAACUCAAAUUUCCAGGCUUUUAUAUUUGUUUGUGAUGUGAAAAAUCAAUCUUACUGUUAUUUGAUUUACCACCAUUUAGCUAAGGGGAAGUAGGAAGAUCAGUAUUUUUCUUGGUAUAGGUAAAAAUAAAUAUUUUUAUCUUCCCCCCCCCCCCCAUUUUUAUUGUGGUUAUCUCCCUUUGUUUUCAGCAAAAGUGAGGAUGAGCAAUGGUGAUAGCUACCUGGCAGCAGUGGAUAGACCAUUACUCAUUGUGAGUUUAUCAGCUUAAAAAAAACACACAAAUCUUAUAAUGCCCUCCUAAUAAUAAUAACAUGUAAAUAUCAAUAUUUUUCAGAUCCUUUAUAAAUUGGAUUAAUUUAUAAUUUAAAAAAUUUGCCUACAUUAUCUCUCAAACUCUGGAAAACUUGUAUGACUCAAGACUAUUAUGUAUCUUUUAUGAACUAGGUUUACUGGCAUGUAUGUUUGUUAUGAAAAGUUGAUGAUUGUGAGAGGUUCUUGUGAGGGCCAGAUGUGGUUGGUACGGAGGGGUUAUGCAAGGUCAGAUUAUGGGGUUAGUUUAUGAUGUUCAGUUUAGGGUAUGCUGUUUGAGUACUGUCGAGAGAGUUUUUACGUAUUUACUCGGUAGAGAUUAAAGUAGUCUGAAAUAAAGGAUCGUCAUUACCUCAAUUGAACGUUGAUUAUUACCUUAAAUAUGAACCAACCAUGGCUCACAUAAGUAUGUAGUACAGUAGGACAACAUCGCCAAAAACUUAAACCACAAUAGUAAGGUUUGAAGACAAAACGUCAAACCAAAAGAAGAUUGUAAUAGUAUCCUUAUAAACAACAUUUAGUGUCAAAAUAGUGAGCAGUUAAAUACAUUUUUUGUUACUAUUGAAAAAAGCCUUUAAUUGUACAAAAUGUCUUUUUGCUUUUUCAUACAUUAUAUUCUAUAGUUGGUAUUAAUAAAAUACCAAUUAUAUAAAUUUGAUUGUCUUACUAGUUUAUCUGAGAUUUUGUGGUUAAAAUUUUAUUACUUCUUCAGUUUUAUGGCGUAAUGGGUCUUGUGUACAUUGGCUUUGGGAUAAUGUGGCUUGUUAUGCUAGCAUGCAACUGGCGUGAUUUGCUGAGAGUUCAGUUCUGGAUUGGAGGAGUUAUCCUUUUAGGUAGGUAAAUUAUUGUUGAUUUUAAAACAAUAUGAAAAUGUGAAUGUUUUAUCUUAGAGUACUGACUUGACCUCAAGAUAUCUGCAUCAAAAUUGAGUUCAAAUACAGUGGAACCUCUCAUAACGAGCAUAAUUCGUUUCAGAAUCUUAUUCGUUAAGCGAAACACUCGUUAAACGAAACAAUUUUUCUCAUACAAAUCAAUGUAAAAUACGAUAAUGCGUUCCAUGCUGAAAAAAAAAAAAUUUUCAAAAAUUUGUAUUAACAUAUAUUCAAAUAAAAUUACUUAUGAAUUGUUAAGGAUUGCAACAACGUGGAAUACAAUUUAGAUUUGAAACAAAAAACGUAAAUAAAAAUAUGAAUUUAUGACAAAUAAUUAAUCCUUUUUAAUUAGAAAACUGUCUAAAGACAUUUGUUUUUGCAGACGCUUCAAAAUUUGACGAAAAUGUGUCACAUCAUUAUCAUUGAAUACAUUUUUAGCAGGAAUAGCCACCUCCUUACCUAGGGUGUUGCAUCUCAAUGUACAAUGCAACAGUUUCUCAUGCUUUCAGCAUUUCUCUUAUUGCGCUAGAAGAUUGUUGCUCUGCUACUUCCUCCUCCAUUAAUGAGCUCUCCUCCAUAAUUUCUUGCUGUGAAACACGAUGCAACUCCAUAAUCUCUUCGGUGGUCAACUCUGGACUGCUCUUUCACAAGCUCUUCAAUAUCAUUUUUUAUCCACCUCGAGUCCCAUGAUAUUGGCCAAUGGCACAAUCUCGUUAACUGUAGACUCCACAGGUACUAUUUCAAAAUCACAUUCAACAACACUCUCUGGCCAGUUUUUUCCAAGCAGAAGUGAGGGAAAAAGGGACUUCCCCCUUUCUGCGUAACUCGUUAUGUGAAAUGUCGCACGUUAAGGGAGCAACUUCUUCACAUUUUUUUUUGCUCAUUAUGCAAAUUACUCGUUAUGAGAGUUGCUCGUUGUUUUUUUCUAUUUAUCAAAAUAUGAAAAAGUUAAAAUUGGUAAUCUAAAAAUUCAUUUACAAGCGAAAUAAUGAAAAUUAAUCAAGCUUCCAGACUACAUUAAUAAAGAAUAAUAAAAAAAUUUUUUUUUUUAAUUACAGGCAUGCUGGAAAAGGCAGUGUUCUUUGCUGAAUAUGAAAACAUCAACAACACUGGCCAGUCUGUGAAAGGGGCAAUUAUCUUUGCAGAACUUGUUUCAUGUCUAAAAAGAUCACUUGCUAGAAUGCUGGUUAUCAUUGUCAGUCUUGGAUAUGGCAUUGUUAAGUAGGUGCCUCUAAUUUAUUUUUGCAUUCACCAGCUAAGCUCCUUGAAGUUCAUCUUUAUUACGGCAUUUUAAGUUUUAUAUUAAAUUCUAAUUAUAGCCCACUACCGCCAAACAAUUGUGAUGGCAAAGCGUGACCUUUAAGUUACUUGAUAAAACCCGCAUUCAAGUAAUUCACUUUAUAAGAAUCCCAGUUAGUGUUAACCUGCCACCCCCAAGGUAUUUUACAGCACCCUUGGUAAUACCCAUGAACUAUAUUAAUAUUCUUAAGUCCCAGCCUCUUAUGUCACUGAUUUAUUCAACUAAAACGAAAGAAAAAAUCAUGCACUUAACACACUGGCAAUAUUUUUAAGAUUCUCAUGAUGGGAAGUUUUUAGGAAUUUUAUUUUGCACUCUAUUGAACUCAUCAUUAUACCACACAUUCCUAGAGAAUUAUAUUGACUAUUAUGAUUGAUACAUCAUUAUGGUUGCAAGAAUUAAUGCAUUUCUUUUCCUAUUUAGACCAAGGCUUGGCCAAACUUUUCACAAAGUUUUAAUUGUUGGUGUGGUGUUUUUCAUUCUUGCUUCGAUUGAAGGCUGCAUGAGGGCACUUGCGGUAGGUUUAAAAAAUGCAUUAAAAAUAUAGGGAUUUGUCCCCCACCAUUCACACACAAAAUAAUUAUUGAAUAAAUAAACCUUAUUUUGUGUUUGACUAUGAGAAGGAUCAUAAACACUUGGAACUUUAUAACAUUAAUGGAUGAUUUAUUUUAACAAAGUUUAUAAUGAUAAGAUGAAAAAAAUGGAAUCUGUUAAAAUAUGGUGGUGAAGUUAUUUAAUAAAAGCAAUGGAAAAAUAAAACAUUAGGUUACAGGAGUAUAGUGUGCAAUCAUCUAUGGGGCUGAGUCACAGGACAUAAGUAUUUAAAAGGGUAAGGGCAUUUUUAUUUUUAAUAGUUUUGUAAUGAGAGUUAUAUACCUUGGCUGAUAAAAGCCAUUUAAUUAUUAGCAGUAUAAUAAGUGACUUAGAUAAUCCUAAAUACUCAAGGGAUUAAUUUAUUAAAAAUGAAUAAUUGUUGGUACACAAGUUGAGUUUAAAUUAAAUGUAAUUAAAAAUUAAUGCUUCUGCUUCCAGGAAAAAGCUGAUCAAUCCAAGCAGCAGCUGUUGCCUGGUGUCCCCUUGGCUGUAACUGAUGCUAUUAUUUGCUGGUGGAUAUCCUUUAAAUUUCUUGAUUUUUAUGCAUAAAGUUCUUAAUUUUUAAAAUAUUUUUUUUUAAUGACCUUAUGGAUUGCUUUAUUUUUUGGUACAUUAUUUUUGUUUAAAAAUAUGAGAGGGGCUUUCACUGUCAUUAUUAAUUUGAUUUUUUAAAAUAAAUAUUUAUUGGAUGGAAUCCCUGACAAAGUCCUUGACUGCAUCUCACAUAUUUUCGUCACUGCUGCAAACAACUCGGACUUUGCGCCUGAGAAGAAAUAUUGUGAAGCUGUCACUAUAUCGACAUUUCACAAACACACUCAUAUUUUCUGUCAUAGGUAAUUAAUAUUCUCACAUAUAUUAAUAUAUAAGUAAUUAAUAUAUAAGUACAAAUAACACGUGUCCUUUUAUGCACAUUUUGUUUGUACAUUUUUCCUAAUAUUCUUUUUAAGAAUAUAAAAUUUACUUAUAUUGUGUUAGUUAACAACUCAGAAUUUGAUUUAUGCUAUGCACUUUUAUUUAUUCUUUAACUUUAAUUGUUAGCUUACCAAAUAUUUUGACUGCUGUUAAGAAUUUUUAACUUUUAAAAAAAAAAAAAUUAAAAUUGUCUACCAUACAAAAUAUUUCAUUCCAGCAUCUGUAGCAUACAUGAUUUGGUUUUUAACCCAGCACAGAUUUAAAGAGUGUCUCUCCGUAAGUUAACAAUUUCAAUAUACUGGUAUUACUUUUAACUACUAGGUAUUAUGGAUUUCUUUGUGUGAAAUAUCUUCAAUACAUUUGCCACUUUUGAUUUAAUGCAGUUUGAAUUCUAAUUCUCAUAUAGCUGUUACUGACAACCUUUUGGGCUUCCCCUAUUUCUUCCUUAGGAUUGGAAAGAACUGUGGAUGGAUGAUGCUUAUUGGCAUCUUCUCUUUUCUGUUCUACUCUUCGUCAUCAUGAUCCUUUGGCGGCCAACAGUAAAUAAUCAGAGGUAUGCAUGUUGUAUAUAAGCCAAUAUUAUUUUUUAAUUUUAAAAAAAAUCAAACAAAAAUUUUGGACAAUGUUCCAUUGCUUUUAUUUGAAGAAACAUCAAUAAAUUUAAUUAGAAAAAAAAAAUAAUUAUCAGCCCCAUCCUUCCUGUUGCAUCUUGCACAUUAUCUAUCUGAAGCCUUUAUACAUUCAUACAAAUCAGUUAACCCAUGUCUCCAAAUCCUAUAACAAUUUUGUAUAAAGUUUAGGAGAGUUGCUCAAUUUGUCAGACUCGCUCUCUCAUCCUGGUCCAUUUGAUCCCAUGGCAAGACUUGAUCAAGACGACUGGAAACAGAGUAGGCUCCAGUAGAUGUCCAGCGGUAUUUCCUGUGUCUCUAUGCAUUUCAUGUCGCAGGAAUUUUCGUGUCAAUGUAAUGUAAUACGACCUACAGGACUCAAUCUCCUGGUUUGAUUUCAGGGUUUGCCUUCUCUUAGAUGAGUUGUCAUCCAAGGUUAAUGAGUCCAAUCCACCCUGGGUGCUGGUGUUGUUUUUGCAUGUCUCAGCUUUUACUGGGGAUUGAACUCCUGCCUGCAAGCUUGGGAUUGACUCAGUUUCGACCACUCUGCCACCCACCACCAUGGGCAAUCAAAUCGGUUAUAAAGAAAGUUUGCUAUCUGUGGUGAAUAGAACCUUGUCUGAGUAGGUCCUCUCCGUGUGGCCAUAGAAACAAUGUAAAUAGUCUAGAACUCUGUUGCUGUCUCAUAGCCCCUACAAGGCUGAUGGGUAGUUAACCAGUAUCAAGUCAAAAAAUCACAAGACGGUUAAGAUUAUCAGUAUUAUUUAAUUGUUAAUAUACUGGAUUUUAUGAACACAGUCCACAACAAUGAUCACAAUAAAUGACGUUCAAAGUAGAAAAGAACAGUAUCUCCUGAUCACAACACGAAGAUGCACUCCAACUCUUGAUUAAAAACAAUGAAAAGAACAGUAUCUCCUGAUCACAACACGAAGAUGCACUCCAACUCUUGAUUGAAAAGAACAGUAUCUCCUGAUCACAACACGAAGAUGCACUCCAACUCUUGAUUAAAAACAAUGAAAAGAACAGUAUCUCCUGAUCACAACACGAAGAUGCACUCCAACUCUUGAUUAAAAACAAUGAAAAGAACAGUAUCUCCUGAUCACAACACGAAGAUGCACUCCAACUCUUGAUUAAAAACAAUGUCUCCUUGUCGCUUACCAAAUGUACACACCUUUUUUUCCCACGUGGUUUUCUCCAACCUACCGCCUCUAUCACACAUCACACGUGACUGAAUAAAAUUCAUGGGAUAUAAGGGGAAAUAACUAAAGAAAAAAACACCAUCGCUCACUCACACAACAUCACAACCAGACACAGAACUACAUCAAGUGAUCUGACUGACUCUAUCAACCUAAAAUAAGGAAAUAUUUCUUGAGUGUUUGACUUUCUAAUUCUUUCAGAUAUGCCUUCUCUCCCUUGCUUGAUGCAGCUGAGGAUGAUAUUGAUGAUGACACUGUGCUCAGUGAAGCCUAUGGUAACGGACUUUAAGAAAUAAUAUUGUGUGUGUUUGUAUAGUAUUUUUGUGAGUUGGCUUGGGGAGACUUAUAAAGGAUUAGACUUGUUUUGAGUCAAAUUUUUUGUCACCCAAAGCAGCUGUUAAAUUUCUACAUAUUUGUAUUAUUAUAAUUUGUUUAAAAAAAACUUAAUUAUUUUCACUAUAUCUCUAAAUUUCAAACUCCUAAGUUAAUAGUGUUACGAAUUCUUCAUUAGCUUCACUUGUUCAGAAAAUGCAUAUAAAAAAUCUCUAAAAUUAAUUAGAUUAUCGGGGAUGAGAUGUCAUCAUUUACCUUUGUCUUUAAUUGAAAAUUCUCAGAGGGCAUGAAAAUGCGCACAUCCUCUAAGUCUCAACAGCGAAACGGAUCCACGAAAGGCAAUGAAGAACAGAAGAAUGUAAGUUCCAAAGGCAUUGCUGAAAUAAUUAAAAAUGAUAUCUAAUGUAUUCAGUUAUUUCUUUAGUUAAUUAUAAAUGUUCACUCUAAGGGCAGAUUGGCUCUAUAAAAACUUCUUGGAAGUGUCAGAAUAAAUACCUCUGUCUAAAAAAUUGGACAAAAUUUAAAUAAUAAUGCCAUUACAGUGGCAAGAGUAUUCGUACACAUUUGCUGUAUGUCUCUUUAUGACAGAAAAUGCCCUUCUGGAUAUUUGAGAUCCUAUAACUUUUUGAACCCUUAGCUCCUGGUUCCUGGAAAACAAUUACACAGACACACAAGCAAACAAAUUCCAGGAUUAUGAAAGUAUAUAAAAUAGAAAUGGUUACCUUUAUGCGCCUGUUUCUCAGGAAAACCAAGGCUAGGACCACGGAUAGCCUUGUUUAGACCUUGUUAAUAUCCAAAACACUAGUUGAAGUCAAUUGAUAUUCACGAUCAAUGUCUAUUUAUUAUAAUCCUUUUUUAAAAUAUUACUAAAAUCCUUUGAAUUAUUUAUAUUAUCAUCAACCUGCUCUGGUUUUAGUCAUUUAUCUCCACCUCUGUACAGUGAAAAAAAAAACCAGGUCCAAAACAUAAAAACAAUGCAUCCAUGUCCGCACCCAUGACAUUAAUCUUUCGCAAAUCAUUGGGUAAACCCUGACCUCAGUAUUCACAACACAUUUUUAUAUUCAGACUUUUGAUAUAGGUUGAGGUAUGGAAGACUGAGAUAUAGUUCCUGCGGGGUAUGGAUCUUUAACAAACAGACCAAUAAAGCAGGAUCACAAAUUCAAAGGGUUAACAACCCUAAAUAUUAUGGGCGUUUUAUUAAUUACCCAAAACUUGCUUAAACUGUCUUUGGUAAUAUGGCAUCAGUUUAAUUAUUUGAAAUGAUCAACAUUUUGAUGAAAAUAAAUUCAUUAUUUUAAAAAAUGUAUUGUCAUUUCCUCAUUUGAGCAAUAGCUGUCAUUUCAAACGUUAUUAUUGAGAAUUUCUGAUGCUCAGCAGACCUAAUAAUAACGGAAAUGUUACAGAAAAUUUUGUUAAAAAUGCUUCUGUUAAAAUGGUUGCACAACUUUCAAUAUGAUAAGGUCUAACUUGGUUCUGUUCUGUAUACAGGAAGAUGACUUGCGAUGGGUAGAGGAUAACAUUCCAGCCUCUUUUGCUGAUAAGUAUGUGGAUGUGUCAUGUCUUAGAAAAAUAUUUUAUCUAAACUUUUUUUCUUAAAUGCUUGUAAUCAAAUGGAUCUGCUAAUAGAGGAAUGCCAAGCCUGCAAGUAAAAAAAGUAUUCUACAACCAUUUAAGUACCCUAUAUACUCACAUAUAGAUUGCACCCAUGGAUAGGUCGCAUGCAUAGUUUUGGUCCGUUAAAGUCGGCAUUUGCAGUUGACCCGCAAAUAGGUUGCACCUUUAGUUUGGGGAGUUACAUGGCCCUUUUUAAAAUAUAAAUAUAACUAAUAUUUGUUAAGCAGACAUCACAAAAAUGUUUCCAUAACAACUUGGAAACUGAAACGCGAGCAUAAAAAAUAUGGGCUCUUUAAUAAGCAUAAACAACUGAUUGCCCUCUGCCUGAGCAGAAGGAAGAGUGAUUGUCUGACUCAUCGUAUAAAUGACUACUCCACAAUGAAUAACAAAAUUGAUGUUGAAUGGAUAGGUCGCACCCCUGAGUUUUAUUGAAAUUUUGGUUACAAGUGUAACCUAUAUGUGAGUAGUGUGGAGAGUUCGGACCACGACAGCGCCUGACUUAAUCCGUCUGACGUAAUCCGUUUGACCACCCAAGCUUGUGGAGAGUCGGACCGCGCCUGACGUAAUCCGUCUGACCGAAGGAUCAAGCUUGUGGAGCACGACGGACCCAAGGAUCAAACGCCUGACCAAUUACGGCCGUCUGACACCAGACACGACCAUCCAUCUGACCAGGGCAUUUACCUGGGACGUCUAGACCGACAAUUGAGAAAAAGGGGGCGGGGUAUAAUCUGGACUGGGAGAGGAACUAUGGGACGGGGUAUAAAUAGGGAAGAAGGCGGACGGACUAGGUUCUGGAGAGCAGGGAGAAAGGAGAGUUGGAAGAUGAGUGAUAGAGUAAGCAAGUGAUAGAUCAAAUAAAGAACACGAGUUUAAUGAUCCAAUGUAUCACCGGAGUUGUUUACUUAUUGAGCACCAGAUUUAGAUGAAGUGUGUCAGAUAGUAAGCAAGGUCCCUUACAGUAUAUAGGUGAAUGUGGUUAUCAUGGAAAUUUAUUAAAUGGUAUAAUGUAUCAGAGCAACUGACUUCAUUUCAAUGUAGACUUUUUCGAAGAAAAAAAUAAUAAAUGCAAAAAUAAUUUACAUUGUUAUACAAUUUUUCAGUGUACAGUAAGUAUUCUCUACAAAUUCCUACGUUGGAAAAUUAAUCUUUAUUUAUUCUAUUAAACGUGCACAUAGUAGGAAGCUUUUAGAGAAAUAUUAGAAUAUGAUUAAAUGCAUUACCACCUUAUGUAUUCCAAUCUUAUUUAUUCCAGAGUACUGCCAGCCCUUGAUUCAGAUGAAGAAAUUAUGAACACUAAAUUUGAAGUGUCAAAAAUGGAGUGAAACUUGUAAAGCUGUGCAUUGGUCAUAUUUGAGUUGUGAAGAUCUUGCCACUGACUUUCGCAUCAUUUGGGUAAAUAAUGUGGAGAUCCUUGACGACAAAAGCCCCUUAAUAAUAGUAUUCAUCAUUCCAUGUCAUCAUCAAAGCCUGUCAGGGCUAUGUACGGUUCAUGCUAUGUAUGGUUCAAUUUGUGACUGGGGCCAGUCACAGUUGAAUUUGAUGGGUGGCCUUGAUUAUAUACCUUUGAGGCCACUGAAACACGACGUUGAAGCAUAAGUUAACUUUUGAAAUUAUUUUUUAUCUUUUUAUGCAUAUAAAUAUAAUAGCAUUUCUUUAAACAUGUCUAACAUGUUCCAUAUAAUUACCCCUUACCAAGUCCUUUUGUUAAAUACUUUUCAUUAUUAGUAAAUUAAAUAAAGGGAAACUUUUGAAACAGCCACAGAAAGUUACACUGAUGAGUGAGUUUAAAUAAUGCAUGACCAUGAAGGUUUUUAAAAGUAUGCAUUGUAUUUUUGUUAAAUUACAUUUUAAACAUUUAUAUUGCAGGUGUGAUUUUUUAAGGUUGUAUUAACUAUGAUGAGAAGUACUCUCUCCAAUUAGUCAAAAUUCUUCCCAAAAAUAAAAAAAUACAUGCAUUUUCACUACAUCAAUGAAAUAGAGGAAAAACUGUAACUGGAAAAAAUGUAACAGAAAUUUCCCAUAUAAAAGUCAUCAGUCUUAAUAAAGCCACACUAUUUCAAAUAAAUUAUUUUUUGUUGCUUUUACAAAAUGCAAUUGAUAAAAUUUUGCCUGGACCUAAAAGCUCUGAGAAUGAUAUGCAUAUACUUGGUAUUAAGUUUUGUCAAUUCUCAAACAUUUUAAUUUGUUUUAUUAUUUAUAUAUUUCAUUCGUAUUUUAAAUUGCAAAUAAAUCCUUUUUAUUGUUUAAAGACUUAUGAUUGGCUAGUGCACAUAAUGUAAGCUUUGACUGCUGUGGAGAAUUUUAUUAUGCUCUAACUAUUGGAUUAUUGAAAGGUCUUAAAUUGUUUUUGAUCUUUCUUUAAAAAAAAUUAUGGGCUUAAAAAAAAAUAACUUGAAUUUAACAAUUGGAAAGCUAAUUUAAGCAUUGUAAAUACAUUGGCAAUAGUUUAUUUUAUGUUCUCUUUAAUAAAUCUAACUUUACCAUGCCAUUUGUUUUAUAUUUUUAUUGAAUGUCUUCUGUGGUCUUGACUGGAGAAUGUAAGUUGAUCAUAUUUAUUGAAGAUGAAAUCUCAAUUUAACCUCUACCCAAGUUAUAUUCCUAUUAAAAAAUCCAUAUUUUCCUAAAUAUUUGCUUGUUUUGUGUUUUCUUAACUAAAAAUAACCCUAUCAACUCAGAACAGUGGUUUUCAAACAGGUGUUGUGUAGCACAAGAUGGAGAUAUAGAGGAUGAAAAAAGAUAUUUAAAAAAAAUGUUUCUAUGAGGGCAUAGUGAACAUCGAAAUCUCAUCUUUUAACAUUAAUUUACUCACUAACAAAGUUAUUAUGUUUCUUAACAAUUCUACGGUACCAUUAUGUUAGAGAAUUUCAGUAUAUAGGGUUGCAAGAUAAUAAGUUUUGAAAACCCCUGACUCGGGUUGAUAGUACUGAUACCCGUGUGAAGUGGUUGCAUGCUUUUUUCAAAUUUUUUUUUCAAACAUCAAUUGAUAAGAACUGCCACAAUUUUUUAAUUGAUUAUUUUUUUCUUGUAUUUAACUUCCUAUACUCUGCUCCCAUUGAUUGCUUUCAUUGAAAUAUAACCUUUACCUUUUGGAUCAUGAUAUUAAUAAUAUGUACUUAUUGUUUGAUAUGAAUUCGAUGAUUGAAGUCAAGAUUAAACUGAUGUGGGUUAGCAUAUUUCAACAUUUUCUUGUCUCUUGCUUCUCUGGGUGUCAUUCUUUGUUUUAGUUUUUAUUACACAAAAAAUGCAACCACUACCAACCCAACUAAGUUACUAUUAUUUUUCUCGAAGUAGGCAAUUCAUGGUUCACAUUAUUUAUCAAAGUAAGGACUCCAUGGUUCACAUUAUUUAUCACUAGUGUCUUAAAACUUGUGAAGCAUUUUGAAAACAAUUUAAAAUGACGUUAGGUGUGGUAUGCCAUGAAAAACUAAAUCAUUUAUUUAAAAAAAAGAGGCUUUUAAUUUGCUAACAAUAUAUGUUAAGUUUUAAUUAUGGCUACACAAAUAAAAAUUUAAAUGAUUCAGCAAAUGCCUUCAUCAGCACAGCAAAAAACAUUAACAUAAGCAUAAUUUAAAUUAUGUGUGUAUAUAUAUAUCCUACCUAUACCUAAAUAAUUUUAAGUAUAAGUAGGCUAUAUCAGACCUGUUUACCCUCAAACUCUUCAAAUCGUACAAUAUCAUCACAAAAUUGUUUAAAAAAUCUUAAUUGUAAAAAAAAUAAACAUACGGUAUAAACAUGUAUACACCUUAAAAUCGUACAUUGUACGCCAAAAUCGUAAGAGUAAACAGAUCUGCUAUAUAUAUUUUAAAUAAAUUUAAUAUAUACAUGUAUGAAUGUUUUCUGUUGUACUGAUGAAGGCAUUUGCUGAAAUGAUUAAAUUUGUAUUUUGUGUAACCAUAUUUAAAGCUUAACAAACAUUGUUUUAUUUACACAACUUGUUAGUGUCUCAUUAAUUUAGUUAAAAGCUUUAUCACAGUCCAACAAUUUUAAUUUUAAGGAUCUCUCAGUCAUUUCGAGUGUGUAUCACUUCUGGAAUUAUUUUUUUUCGAAUGCCUAAUCCAGUGGUCGGCAAAUCGCGGCUCGGACAGUUGGCCACAAAUCGGUUUUGACUACGAAAAAAGACGGUUCUUGACAGGUUCUUGAAAGGAAAUUUGACUCUAAAAAAAAUGUUUAAUCGUCCUGCUGCUGAUUUUCAGCUCUCUUGACUAAUGAGUCUGCCGACCACUGACCUAACCUAUUAACUCUUUCUCUUACAUAAUACAAUAAAUGAUUAGUAAUUUUUAUUUUUCAAAUGUUAAUUGUCAAAUUAUAUUCAUAUCUUAAAAUAAAAAACAUGUGCACCCUUUUCAAAUGUCCAAUAUUCUGUGAUUCAUGAAUGCUUAGCUUUUCAUACUGGUUCAUGUAUAUAUGCAUUUUCUUUGCAAUGCCUGUAAAAUAUAUGUUCAAUAUUCUGAAAAAGAAUCUUAUUUUAGUUUUAUCUGAUAAUUUCAAGCAAGAUGUAUCAGACAAAAAUUAAAUUUUAAAUUUGACCAUUAAAAAAUAAAAUAUUUACAUAAUUCAACCUAAAGAAAUGUUAAACACAGCAUUUUAAAAUAUCUUUUUACUUUUUGAAACUUUCAACAUAAUGGUGAUGGUAGCUAUUCAAUAAUCUAAUACUCUUUAGCUUGUAUUGUAUUUUUUUUCCAGCUGCAAACUUUCAACUGCACGAGUAAAAAAAAAAAGAUGACAAAAUACUUAAUUUUAGAUCAGAAAAUAUUCACUACUCAUAGCAAAUAAAAUCAUAACCGAAAAAUAUUUGUAGUUCGGGUAAUUUGCAGGGAAAUAUUACCAUAAAGCAUUUCUAAUUUAAGGGUUUUAAAACUGACUUGUACAAAUUAAUAUAUAUUUCCAAUAGCAUAGAACUUGAUAAGCAUAACCCUUUGGCUAGUUUAGUUACCUAGGAAUACCACAAUGAGGGGGGGGGGGAUCUUGUUUCAUAUUGGUAUGCUUUAAAAGUUGACCUCCUAUGGCAUGCACCAAUUUGCCCCUACUAAAAAGUGGAAUGUGAGUAAAACGACAUAGGAAAAGGGGUACGUUAAAUGAAAUGAGCAAUGGAUAUUAUACGUUAUUAUAACUGAAUUAACAAUUAUGCAUAUUGAAAUGUUUUUCUUUCUCCUUUCAUUUGCCAUUUUAAAGCAAAGACAAGUCUUCUACUUCACAUGGAAAUAUUUCACACUCAUUCAUAGGUUACAUUUUUGGCAUUGUAUUCAUACCACUACUGUACUUGGAGAAUGUUAGCUUCAUUAAAGAGAAUUCUUCCUCCAUAUCACUGAGCAGUUUCCCCUAUUGAUGUGUAUGCAGCUCAGUUGAGCUGAUUACUGCAUAUUAUUAGUUUUCAACUUUGUUUGUUUGUUGUUUUUUUUUUCCAUUUUAAUAAUUUAAAAAGGGAAGUCACAUGUCCUGCAUGACCUUUUAUUAUUCAAUACUAGUUCAACAAAAAUAUUAUGCAGGCUUAUAUUUUAAUUUUAAGCAAAGUUUAUUUCAAAUGCAUACUCAUUUUCGUGUUUUGGUUCAAAUCCAGUAUGGUAUGCUUAGUUGACAUGUGGAAACAUAAUUUAUGAUAUGGACAUUAAAUAAAAUUAAAAUAAAUACCUGUUUUGUCUUCCAAUUAUAUAUAGAAAUGAAAUAAGCUGGAGGGGGGUGGGUUAAGUAAUAAGUAAUAUUAUGAUAAAUAUAUUCUUUUUUUUCUCUUAAAAGAAAUCUUUCCAACCCCUCCCUCCUCUCUCUCUCUCUCUCUCUCUCUCCCCCCCCCCCCCAUAAAAAGCCUAAUUGCACUCAGUGACUUGGCACUCAUCUGCAGGCUUAUGUAUCUAACUACCCCACCACACUCAAUGUAGCUUGAUAGACCUCUGAUGGAAAUGUUUAAGAAAUGUAUGUGUAAUACAAUAACAAUGUGGUUGUUCUUAUUAUUAUUAGCUUUACUUGAUCAUAGUCUUUGUAAUGCUUGAUAUAUUUGAUCAGAUGUGCAUGUGAUUGACUGAGACGCAGUGUACAGAGAAACAUUGUGAUGCACAGGGAUUUAAUGUUUUUUGUUUUGUUUUGGGAUGUAUAAACUUUGAUAAACUAUGGCAAGUGAA